UGUGCGGCACAUCUGAUUAAUCACUAAUCAGGAAGUAGUGGAGCUGGUGCACAGAACCCAAUGUAGGCGGAACAGAAGAAAACACAAUCGACGCUCCACAGUCGGAUCAGUGUACCACCAGCAAAGGUAAACAAUUUAAACGCACCAGUCGCGAGGGAAUUUAAGCAGGUUUGUCCAUGAGGAAAAGUUGGAGUGACUGUAAUUGUGAUGAAGCAACAAUGUCUUCAGUUGAGUAUUUGAGAGGGUUUGUCAGCGAGAGACUAACUGCUGCUGCUGAAGAAAUAUUGGGAGUUUUUGAGAAAACUAUCGUCGAGUACGAGAAAGAGAUCGACCGUCAGCGCAGACUGUUGGAUAUAGCUUGGAAACCGGAAGUAAGGUUAUACAGGACAGAGCUCCCACAGCAAGAUGUGUGUAAGGAGGAGGAGGUUGUCGCUGAGCAGCAGCUCUGUAUUGAGGAGAGGAAGUCCAGUGUGGACCAAGAGGAGCCAGAGCCUCCACAGAUUAAAGAGGAAGAGGAGGAAGUGUGCAGCAGUCAGGAGGGAGAGCAGCUUGAAGUGAAGCAGGAGACUGAGACCUUUCUAGUGACUCCUACUGAUGAGGAAAGUGAGCAGCAGCUCCUCUGUCACAGCUCUCAUGGAGCUGAGAGUGAAGAUGAGGAAGGAGAUGAGCAAGGAGACUCAACAUCAAGUGGAGAAGUAGAGCCAGAACAACAGAGUAGAUGUCACACUAAGCGUGUAGACAACCCCAACUUAUCAGAGAUUGAUCAUAAUACUCACACAGGUAAAACACCUUUUAAAUGUGACAUUUGUGGGAAAAGUUUCAAGUUUAAGUCUCAAUUUGAUAGACACCUGAGAAUCCACACAGGAGAGAAGCCGUAUUGUUGUAACACAUGUGGGAAAACAUUCAAUCAUAUGUCAGCUCUAAACGUUCAUAAAAGAAUCCACACAGGUGAGAAGCCGUUUAAAUGUGACACUUGUGGGAAAAGUUUCAACUUUAAGUCUCGUUUAGAUGCACACCUGAUAAUCCACACAAGAGAGAAGCCAUAUUGUUGCAAAACAUGUGGGAAAACAUUCAAGUAUAUGUCAAGUCUGGACGUUCAUAAAAGGAUCCACACAGGUGAGAAGCCGUAUUGUUGCAAAACAUGUGGAAAAGAUUUCCGAUAUAAGAGUUACUUAAUUUGCCACAUGAAAUUCCACACAGGAGAGACACCAUUUCAGUGCGAUACAUGUGGGAAAGCUUUCAUGCUUAGAACUGACUUGAAACAACACCUGACAUACCACACAGGAGAGAAGUCGUUUAAAUGUGACACUUGUGGGAAAAGUUUCAAGUCUAAGUCUGCAUUUAAUAAACACCUGAGAAUCCACACAGGACAGAAGCCGUAUUGUUGUAACACAUGUGGGAAAACAUUCAGUCGAAUGUCAACUCUGAACGUUCAUAAAAGAGUCCACACAGGUGAGAAGCCGUAUUGUUGCAAGACAUGUGGAAAAGAUUUCCGAUAUAAGAAUCAGUUGAUUUGCCACAUGACAAUCCACACAGGUGAGAAGCCGUAUUGUUGCAAAACAUGUGGGAAAACAUUCAGUCAUAUGUCAGCUCUAAACGUUCAUAAAAGAGUCCACACAGGUGAGAAGCCGUAUUGUUGCAAAACAUGUGGGAAAACAUUCAAUCAAAUGUCAACUCUGAACGCUCACAAAAGAAUCCACACAGGUGAGAAGCCGUAUUGUUGCAAAACAUGUGGAAAAGAUUUCCGAUAUAAGAAUCAGUUGAUUUGCCACAUGAGAACCCACACAGGAGAGAAGCCGUUUCAGUGUGACACAUGUGGGAAAGCUUUCAGGCUUAGAACUGUCUUGAAAGAACACCUGACAACCCACACAAGUGAGAAGCCAUAUUCUUGCAGCACAUGUGGGAAAAGAUUCUCUUGGGCAACAAAUUUGAAAGCUCAUGCAAGAAUCCACACAGGUGAGAAGCCGUAUUCUUGCAAGACAUGCGGAAAAAACUUCAGGUGUAGUAAUCAUGUAUUAGUCCACAUGAGAGUCCACACAGGUGAGAAGCCGUAUUCUUGCAAAACCUGUGGAAAAGAUUUUGGACAGAGCAGUACCUUGUUAAUCCACAUUAGAAGAGCCCACACCGGUGAGAAGCCGUACAUUUGCAAGAUCUGCGGGAAAAGAUACUUUAAUGGGUCCCAUUUAAUAAGGCACAUGAAAUCACAUACAGGCAAGUACGAGAGACUAACUGCUGCUGCUGAAGAAAUAUUGGGAGUUUUUGAGAAAACUAUCGUGGAGUACGAGAAAGAGAUCGACCGUCAGCGCAGACUGUUGGAUAUAGCUUGGAAACCGGAAGUAAGUUGGAAACCGGAAGUAAGGUUAUACAGGACAGAGCUNAGAAUAAGACUUGGUCACUGUGGUCUUAGAAGUGGGCUGGCCCUGAUUGGGAAGCACCCGGAUGGACAAUGUCUGUCCAUGAGGAAAAGUUGGAGUGACUGUAAUUGUAAUGAAGCAACAAUGUCUACAGUUGAGUAUUUGAGAGGGUUUGUCAGCGAGAGACUAACUGCUGCUGCUGAAGAAAUAUUGGGAGUUUUUGAGAAAACUAUCGUGGAGUACGAGAAAGAGAUCGACCGUCAGCGCAGACUGUUGGAUAUAGCUUGGAAACCGGAAGUAAGUUGGAAACCGGAAGUAAGGUUAUACAGGACAGAGCUCCCACAGCAAGAUGUGUGUAAGGAGGAGGAGGUUGUCGCUGAGCAGCAGCUCUGUAUUGAGGAGAGGAAGUCCAGUGUGGACCAAGAGGAGCCAGAGCCUCCACAGAUUAAAGAGGAAGAGGAGGAAGUGUGCAGCAGUCAGGAGGGAGAGCAGCUUGAAGUGAAGCAGGAGACUGAGACCUUUCUAGUGACUCCUACUGAUGAGGAAAGUGAGCAGCAGCUCCUCUGUCACAGCUCUCAUGGAGCUGAGAGUGAAGAUGAGGAAGGAGACGAGCAAGGAGACUCAACAUCAAGUGAAGAAGCAGAGCCAGAACAACAACAUAGACGUAACAAGCGCAGAAGUCACACUAAGCGUGUAGACAACCCCAACUUAUCAGAGAUUGAUCAUAAUACUCAAACAGAGCUCCCACAGCAAGAUGUGUGUAAGGAGGAGGAGGUUGUCGCUGAGCAGCAGCUCUGUAUUGAGGAGAGGAGCUCCAGUGUGGACCAAGAGGAGCCAGAGCCUCCACAGAUUAAAGAGGAAGAGGAGGAAGUGUGCAGCAGUCAGGAGGGAGAGCAGCUUGAAGUGAAGCAGGAGACUGAGACCUUUCUAGUGACUCCUACUGAUGAGGAAAGUGAGCAGCAGCUCCUCUGUCACAGCUCUCAUGGAGCUGAGAGUGAAGAUGAGGAGGGAGACGAGCAAGGAGACUCAACAUCAAGUGAAGAAGCAGAGCCAGAAGAACAGAGACAACGUAACAAGCGCAGAAGUCACACUAAGCGUGUAGACAACCCCAACUUAUCAGAGAUUGAUCAUAAUACUCACACAGGUAAAACACCUUUUAAAUGUGACACUUGUGGGAAAGCUUUCAAGUUUAAGUAUCAUUUUAAUAGACACCUGAGAAUCCACACAGGAGAGAAGCCGUAUUCUUGCAACACAUGUGGGAACAAAUUCAGUGAUAUGUCAACUCUGAACGUUCAUAAAAGAAUCCACACAGGUGAGAAGCCGUAUUGUUGCAAAACAUGUGGAAAAGAUUUUCGAUGUAAGAGCCACUUGAUUGGCCACAUGAAAAUCCACACAGUAGAGAAGCCGUUUAAAUGUGAGACAUGUGGGAAAGAUUUCACACAUAGAGCUGUCUUGAAUCACCACCUGACAACCCACACAGGUGAGAAGCCAUAUUCUUGCAGCACAUGUGGGAAACGAUUCUCUCGGACAACAGAUUUGAAAGCUCAUGCAAGAAUCCACACAGGUGAGAAGCCAUAUUCUUGCGAGACCUGUGGAAAAGAUUUUCGACAGAAUAGUACCUUGUUAGUUCACAUGAGAAUCCACACAGGUGAGAGGCCGUUUAAAUGUGAGACAUGUGGGAAAGGAUUCACUCGGACAAAUGAUUUGAAAGCUCAUGUAAGAAUCCACACAGGUGAGAGACCAUAUUCUUGCGAGACCUGUGGAAAAGAUUUUCGACAGAAUAGUACCUUGUUAGUCCACAUGAGAGUCCACACAGGUGAGAAGCCGUAUUCUUGCAAGACAUGUGGAAAAGAUUUCAGACGCAGUUGUAAUUUGUUGGUCCACACGCGAAGAGCCUGCACCAGUAAGAAGCUGUACCUUUGCAAGAUCUGCGGGAAAAGAUACUUUGAUGAGUCUUAUUUGAUAAACCACAUGAAAUCACAUACAGGCAAGUAGCCUUGUAUUUCAAAAAUCAUAUAGGAGACGAUUCAGUUCUGGUGGCUCAUGGUUAAAACACACAAGAAGUCAAAGAAGUGAGGAGCCACAGAAUUGCAGCACAUUGAAAAACAUACUCGAAAAACCUCUUGACACCUCAUGCCAACUGGAGAACUGUCUUUUUAUGUCUGCUACAUUUAAUCUGAUAUUUUUUGUGUGGGUAUUUUGUAAAUGCAUGAACGCCACAGCUGACUACAAACUAAACUAUAGAUGAUGUACUCCAUGGUGCUGUCAACAGAUCAGCUUAUAAAGUAGUAAUGAAAAGUGAAUGAAUAUUAAUGAUCUGUGCCCAAAGACGUGUUCUCUUUUUUUAACUCAUCUAUGUAUCCAAACACUAAAGCUUUGUAUUGUGAUGAUUUAACAAUAAUAAACCCUCUAGAGGUGUUGGAUCACU